AUGUAUGUUGGCAUGGGCAGAUCAGCGACACCAGCUUUGGAGACCCUCCAACAGAUCCUAGGUUAUGAGCAGUGUGCCGCAGAGGAACAAUGGUACUCCCAAGAUUCUGAGAGACUGUUUGAAUCAGACAGUUCCAAAUCUUGGAUUGAUCUGCAUCUUUUAGAGUCUCAUCAAAUUCACAAGACUCGACUCAGCGCUGAAAAGUACGGACGAUAUCAUGAGUACCCAAGGCCGGGUGCUGAAACACCAAUCGAAGAGUCCGCAUCGGAUAAUUCAAUACAUCCACCCCCGGCGUAUGAUUCGACUCUCGAAGAUGACAACCAGGUUAUUCGGUGUCCUCUUUCAGAGGAGGCUGAAGGGUCGGUAGUCAUGUCGAGGAGGAUCAGGAGUCCCGACGAGCUCAGGAGAGUCUCCUCUGAGACCAAUACGCGUACACGUUUAUGUUUCGUCAGGCAGUAUCAUUCUUUCGGUCGCUUGCGUAUUCAUAAAGAUCUUUUCGAGGCCCUACUCUCAGCUUUCCAGAUCUUGCCAAGGUUCAGGGAAUUCGCUCUCUCUUUCGGCUUCAAGGAGACGGAGACUGAAGUGGCCCACCCUCCUCUUAAAUUUCGAACAUUGUUCCCGCCUCGCACAACAGAUGUAGCCCCAACUAAUAGUGGAUUCGAAUGUGCCUAUGCGAUCAGAUAUGUAGAUCUCAAUAAGCGGAGAGACGACAAACCCUGGUCAUUGCGGCAGACAGCUGUCUACCAUCGAUAUGAUGCGCAGGUGCAGACAUCUACUUGGUGUUGUGUUGCGGCAUCAGAACAAGUAGAGACUUGCUUGGACCAAUUCGCCGAGGCAUUUCAGCGUUGCGACGCGACUACCUCGUUUGGAGCCCAUGCCAUGCUUCUUGAUACCGCACUCGUAGGCUGGCGGCCUUUCAUGAUAAACUUGACAGAGAGGAUCAACCAGCAGUCAGACAAGAUACUCGUCGCCUCGACCGAUGAAAGACAGCCACUUAGCUUAGUAGACAUUGACGAUCGUCAAUCCUUAAAAGACCUCGAAGACGAGGUCCUCGAUAUUAUUCUAGCUUUAGACUCACUAUUUGAAACCAUUGACGCCCUAUCGAACAAGUUUGAUCAGUAUCGCCACCUGAAUGCUGAACUUACUGGCCAGGUUAUAGACGGGUUUGACAACCAAAUAGUAGCCCAGGCCUUUCAAGAAAGACGUGCAACAGUCAAUAUACACCGAAGAAAGAUCCAGAACUUAUACGAGAAAGUCAAGGGGAUGAUCAGCCUUUUAUCUAGCAUUCUUGAUCUCGGCAAUGGGUCCUCGCUGAAAAUGCUUGCUGCAGAAGCAACGAGCGAAAAUAUAGCUAUGCGCCGUCUAGUCGAAAAGAGUACGCAAGAUGCUGCGGCUGUAAAAGUACUUACAGUCAUUACGCUGAUUUUUCUUCCCGCGACGGUCGUCUCUAACUUCUUCUCAAGCGAAUUUGUUACAACAAAUUCCCGUAAGGACGUCAACACUGUUGUGCUGACAUCUAACGCAUGGCUUUUCGCAGCAAUAUCCGUACCUCUGACCCUUGUGACUCUCUUCAUCUGGUGGGCAUGGAUCAAGCUACAAGGAAGAUCGAGUAUGAAGUGGACAAAUCAGCGAAUCACACCCCUUAGUAAAAUUUGGACACCCCAGCCGAAGCUUGAUACGCUUGAGACCAAGAUUACUUGA